GUAAACAUUUGUCCUAGAAGUCGAUUAUUGCUGUGUAUUUGUUUUCAAUGUACAUGCUGUCGGAACUGUCAAGAAGACUGUAGUAUGUGAUGUAUAUUAAUUAUUUAUUCUUGCCGUGCGGUUGAUGUUUGAGAAUAGGGACAAUGGUUUCGAAAAAAGGGUCGUUGUUUCGUUCACUAGCUCCUUUAUCUCAAACUAUUGCUGAGAAACUGAACUCAGAUGAUUCUAGAAAUGGCGUGAGACUGUUAAUACAACUAGCAGUACGUUCACUUGAAGGGAAGCCGAUUCAGGAAGGAGCACUCACUAAAGUCCAGAUAAAAACAGUAACAUGUGAUGAACUCUGUGAGCUGUAUGCAUUAGUUCUUUCUGUGAUGAAGAUGUUUUUUUAUCAUCAAUCAUCUGCAGUAAAACCAGAAACAUUGAAAGAUGAAUUGAAAGACCUAAGAUUUCCUAAUGCAUCUGCACAAGACUUGGUCAGUGUUUUAACAGGACCCAGAGCAGCCAUUCUCAGUGGCAUUGCAUCAAAACGUAACAUACUGCCAAAGCUGAUAUCUGUUGAUUGGAGAAUUAACAUAACUAUUGCAUCAUGUUAUUCAUCACGUGUGCUUGAGCCAUCAGUAACCCUUGAUAUUUCAAUGUCUAACAGUGAGAAAAAGCAGUUUGAAAUUUCAGUAUCAAAAUUCCAUCAUCUGAGAUAUGUGGUAGCAACAGUUUUAAAAGAAAUGGCAUUGCUGGAAAAAAAAAGAAUUUUCAAAAUGUCAGUUCCAUGACAACGAAUAUGUGCAAAUAUUUUCUCAAAUAUUUAAAGAACCAUUUCAUGUAAUUUUGAAUGUUACCUGUGAACAUUGAGAUUUUCUUAAGAGGUAGUUAUUGCGAGCAACUCUUAGGGAGUGGUGUGAUUCUUGGACAGUCUGGUAUGCCAUUUAGAUACAACUUUAUGCGAGGACUCAUGCAGAAUGCAAGUCUCACUGUUUGUUGUGGAUUAAUUUGUCAACAGAAGUGGGGAGAUUUUUUCAGAACAUUGUGUUAACCUUUUAAAUGCUUAUAUUAUCAUAAAUAAAUGUUCUGACAAGAGUGUUGAUGCAGAAAUUGAAAAUUUAUGUGAACAAAUAACAUUAUUAAAAAGUUUUUUGUGUCAUAGGAAUGUGCACUGUUUUUCUGCAAGUAAUAAAUAUGUUUCAUAAAAUA